GUAGGAAGCAGGAACAACCUGGACCACAUGCCCACAUAUUGUGUACCAUUCAUGCAAAGUUUAAAGAAAUAAAAUGAAAAAAAUAUCUUGAAUUUCUGGCUUUCUUACCUUUUUUUUUCAGCCUAAAAAUGCAAGCAGCAUUAGUUCUGUCUCUUUCAAUUCCAUUUCUCAAACCACACAAACUUCUUUAUGCAAAUUCCGACUCCAACCAAACUUUUAUAAAACCUCUUAAACUCGAUUAUAGUCAUUCUAAUGGCGUUUCGUGCCGAAAAGCUUCGUUGUCAUUGGAUUCCUUCAGGACUAGUCGAGUUUCUACUUCAUUUCUAUGUUCAUAUCGCAGUAAAUGCAUCAGUUUCAAGGUCUGUGCUGCUUCGGUACCUGAUAGCUCGAGCGAAACAACGAGUGAAUUGGGUCAGAUUGCUGAACUUGGUGCUAUGUUUGGAAUUUGGUAUGUUUUGAACAUCUACUACAAUAUUUUGAACAAGCAGGUUCUGAAGGUAUAUCCAUAUCCAGCAACAGUAACAGCAUUUCAACUGGGGUGUGGAAGUUUGAUGAUUAUUACAAUGUGGGCAUUCAAUCUUUAUGAGAAGCCAAAGCUGAGUCGCUCACAGUUUGCAGCAAUAUUGCCAUUGGCUUUAGCACACACAAUGGGGAACAUAUUAACAAAUGUGAGUCUAGGCAAAGUUUCAGUUUCAUUCACUCAUACUAUCAAAGCAAUGGAGCCCUUCUUCACUGUCUUAUUUGCUUCCCUCUAUUUUGGUCAGAGGCCAUCUUUGUGGAUUGUUGGUUCCUUAGUACCAAUAGUAGGUGGAGUGGCAUUGGCAUCAUUCACUGAGGCCUCUUUUAACUGGAUUGGCUUCUCUACUGCAAUGGCUUCUAAUGUAACUAACCAAUCUCGCAAUGUACUUAGCAAAAACUUCAUGCUUAACCAAGAGGAAGCUUUGGAGAACAUCAAUUUGUUUUCAGUAAUAACAAUAAUUUCAUUUAUCCUGCUAGCUCCCACAGCUAUUUUAAUAGACGGCUUCAAGUUUAGUCCUUCGUUUUUCCAGUCCGCUGCAAAUCAAGGUUUGAAUGUGAGAGAGCUAUGUGUAAGAGCUCUUCUAGCUGGCUUCUGCUUCCACUCUUAUCAACAAGUGUCGUAUAUGAUAUUACAAAUGGUAAAUCCAGUAACUCAUGCAGUAGGAAAUUGUGUAAAGCGUGUGGUCGUAAUAAUCUCCUCAGUAAUUUUCUUCCAGACGCCAAUAUCACCUAUGAAUUCACUCGGAACUGCUGUGGCUCUUGCCGGGGUGUUCCUGUACUCAAGAGCCAAAAGGAUAAAGCCAAUGCCAACACAGACUUCAUAAUUAAUUCAAUGAAUCAUACAAAUAUGUACUUAAAGAAACCUCAUUUUGCAAUUGUUCAUAGGCCUGCUUUCUAACACUCGAGACAUAUGACAUUUUUUUAUGUAUUCUUUUAUUAGUUUGAUACUAAUUUAAUUCAAAUUGUUUAAUUC